UUGCUGUUGCGUGACCCUAAUGUUAAGGGUGAGGGCGGGGUGGUGACGUCACUGAGCGGCAGGAGAGCCAACCGGAGCAAGAAAGAUUGGGAAAACGCGUUUUUCAUAUGCUACUGUUCCUGAGAAAAUGUCCACCCUCCAGACACUGAAAACUUUUAUCAACCAGCGACUCGCCGUAGCUGUGGAGGAGAUCUUCGGGCUGCUGGAAACAACCAUUUCAAACUACGAGGAGGAGAUUAAUCGCCAGCGGAGGCUGCUGGAGGACGAGAGGUCCGAGUUCCGGACCAACAAAACAGACAUGCAACAUGCUGUGAGAUUUCGUGUCAUCAUCAAUCAUGACAUCAAGAAGAUAACUUUCCAAAACGGCCUCCCCUCGUCCGUGGAGGACAUGAUGGAAGUGUUGAAACAAGCUUUCUCCAUCACCACAGACAUCGGCCUUCAGUACAAAGACACCGACUUUGAUGACUUCUUCACUCUGACCUCCACAGCUGACCUCAAGGACAAAGACACUCUCAAAGUCGUGCAUGUGCCACCAGGAAUAAUCAUGACCACAGUCCCUCAGGAGUGUAAACCCGACACCUCUGACAUGUCUUCAGUAGAUGAGCUGCUCUCUUUGGACUCCCAGGACAGUCUGAUCCCCAGUCCACCCCCCACUGAGAGGCAGAACCUGUGGCCUGCCAUCUUUCCCAUCCCCAGCUUCUCCUACAACACAGAGAUGGCUUUGAGGCAGGGCAAUGAGAAGUUCCUAAAAGACGGGACGCCUCUAACAUCACCCAGCGUCAAAUCAGACAUUCUGGAGCGGCUGGCAGAGGCCAUGUUCUCCUACACUGCUUAUCCCAACGAUCCGCAGAGGGCCGCAGUAGCACAGGCACUGAUAGAGAAGCACCCCUGCCUGAGGGAGCCCGGCUCUUUUAACGGAUGUUAUGGGUGGCAGCAAAGCCUGAAGUACAAAUGUGCAAACUACCGGAGCAAGCUAAAGGCACACGGAAACCCUGAACUGCUGAUAAACACAAUGAAACACAAGCAGGAGGGUGACAGGAAACCUGCCAAAAACAUCAAGAAACCCAGGAAAUCAGAGGUGAACUACCUCCCCCCACACCCAGCCGGGGAGACGGACGACAGCCUGGAGACUGUGAGACUCGAGCUGGUUGCAGUGAGCAGGACGAAGGACAACGCGUUCAUGAUCAAUGACAUGAUGUCCAGGACGUACAGCUGCAGACGCAGAGAGGUGGUCGGCCAGUCCAUGCAGGUGGCAGAAUUCAAGGAGAGGUGGCCCGCCCUCUUUGACCCGCUACAGAUAAACGAGGAGUUCCGCAGGUGUAACACCGUCCCCCUGGAGUCCACCUUCACCUCCCAGCUGGACAGGUACACGCCCAAGUUCCUGGAACUGUUCAGCUCCAAGGGAGGAGCUGUGGGACAGCGCAUAAAGAGCGUGUUGACAGAACUGAUAAAGGACCCCCACGUCUCCGUGGUGAAGAAGAGGGACGUGACCCUGAGGUGCCUCAUCGAGUACAUGGGGGAGAGCGUGCAGGAGCUCAUCUCGGACUACUACAGGACAGCAGAGGACAAAGUGCACAAGGAUCUUAAAUCUCAGAGUAUGAGGAUCUACGUGUGUCAGCAGCCUGAUGCAGUGGGCAUCAUCAUCGAUGGGACCCCGGUGCUGACGGGUCUGGACAAUGUGUCCAGAGCCUGCUGCCUCCUCCUGGGCCUCACCUACGCCCUCAAUCUGGAUUAUCCUCCCAAACUCGCCAAGACCUUCGAGGUCUUUCAGAGACUGUUUGUAGGACUUGACACGCUGCAGCCGAAACCAACGUCCAAGUACAUCAGCCUGAAAAACAAACUGCUGACCUGAGCUGCUGCUGCAGGAUCCAGGAUCGGAGGAGGUCUCCGUUUAUCUGAUGAUCUGGAUUCUGCUGAGUCCUCUUGGUUUGAUGAAUAAGGGUUAAAUCACUGAGCUGUGGUUCGGUUCAGGCGUGAGACUCGUCACCUCCGUGUCACAUGAUAUGAGAUAGUUCUGAUAAAAUACUGAUCUCAGCACAUGCAGCACUGAGGGUCUCAGAUUCUGUGAAGGGGAUUCUCGCUCAGUGUGUCUCUGAGGGUCUUCGAGCUCAGCUGUUCAUGCAGAGAGUCAUAAACUGGGAAGUAAAUGUAUUUUCUCACCUAAUUAGUUUUGUAUUGACCUGCAGCUGAACUGAGAGGAAAAAACACUGAAACACAUUUUAAUGUUUUAAAAGAAAAAAACAGAUUUGAUAGAUUUUGUAAACUGACGCUUCAGUUACAGGAGAGACUGGUUCACACGUGGUGCUGACAUGUGGCGUUCACAAUUGUACCUGAGUUGAAAAAAAUAAAAUCAGAUUUCCUCCUCUGA